AAGAGCAGAUGAGGAGGAGUGACUACUGAUGAAUAAACGAUCCCCUCUCUCUCUAUAUAUAAAAUAUUUUUCUCCGCGCGCUGUCCCCAGUUCUCCGAGACGGUUCACCGCCCCCCCCCCCUCGAGCACACACUAAACACUCACACGGUCCCGGCGAGGGGACUUUUGUUGCGGAAAAGACCCGUCCUCCUUCUCGUCGUCCCACCCAACUCGGUUCCAGGAGAGAUCUUUUUUGAGUUCACAAACAGGGAGACUUUGAAACCCGGCCGGACUUCGACCAUCUUCUCUCUCUCCCCCGUCGCUGACUCAUCCCCCCCCGACCCCGGAGGCAGAGACCAUGGCUGAGUACGGCUCCCUGCUCAGCGACCUGUCGGAGAACAUCACCAGCGAGGACCUGCGGCAGCUCAAGUCCGCCUGCAAGGAGGACAUCCCGGAGGGGGAGAGCGACCACAUCGCCUGCUCCCGCGACUGGUUCACCUACCUGGAGGAGCGCAGCAAGCUGGCCCAGGACAACCUGUCGUACAUCGAGCACAUCUUCGAGAUCUCGCGGCGGCCCGACCUGCUGACCCGCGUCAUCGAGUACCGCACCACCGUGCUCAAGAUCUCCGAGGACGACGAGAUCGACACCAAGCUCACGCGCAUCCCCUCCGCCAAGAAGUACAAAGACAUCAUCCGCCAGCCCUCUGAAGACGAGAUCAUCAAGUUGGCCCCCCCACCUAAAAAAGCAUGAGGUCACGACGCGACUGCAACCUUUGCACCUUGACCUCCAUCCCUGGCCUGUCUAAUCAACUAACCAAUCAACCAAUCAACUCUGUUGAUAUCUUAGAACCACCCCCUCCCGAUCUCACAGCCACGUCCCCUCCUCUUCUCCCCGGCACAUAUACAGCCACACAAGUCUCCUUAGCACCCAACAACCAAUCAGAAUGCUGCAACGCGCACCUAAUCAACCUCAUCGUCCUCUUGCCCGACCGGCAGUAGAGUUGUCGAGAAAAGACGUUCCGUCGAAAGAGAAGGAAAGAAGGACGGAAGGACAGGUGGACAGGACAAAGGGAAGAGAGAGAAGUGUGUCGUCCUCUUCCUUCACCCAAUGGUUUCGUUCCCAUAACUUUAUUCCAUAGCUAUUGUGUUAAUGGCGUGUGCGUGUGCGUGUGUGUGUGUGUGUGCGGAGAUAUCAGAGAUUCAGUUGGUAGUUGUUCAGCUAUCCAACUCGAGGACUCAGUCUUAUUAAAACAAUAACAGAAAAGGCUUCAAAAGACAUUACAGUGAUGUCAGCCCGUAGGCAGAGGCUAAACAAUCCAUUCAUGAAUCAAAGCAGUAAUUUUAUGUUGACGUACUUUAAGAGUCAGGGUGUUGUCAAAUAAGUAAAAGGAUGCAAUUCAUGCCUUAGUCAUAAAAAAUAUGUCGUUCUGAACAAGGAAACAAUAAAACAAAAGACAACCUUCAAGCUUAGGCAUCUUGAAAUGUACCAAGACACACCCAAUACAUUUACAAUAAGGCCAUGUACAUUUACAAUAAGGUCGAUCCAUCUAUAAUAAGGCCGAUACAUUUAUAAGAAGAAGUAAUUAUUGUUUGCUUGGCUCAACAGUUUUAAAUGUCUGCCGGUCCAUUGUAAAAGUACUAUAGCCCUUUUAGUGGACAAAUAUAACUAUAGUCAUCGGUUUCCCAGCAUGCUUAGUUAUAUGAGAAGCUGCUUCGAGGGUGUUUCUUUCUUGAUUUAUCAUACUGACCAUAAUUCUCCUAAAAUAAUAAACCAUGGUUUCAGCUGUUUGGAAAAGUACUCGGCCUCUUCAGAUGUCGUUCAAAAUAAGUCCAAAAGUCCAUAUGAGACAUCAGACAAUAUUUAAAAACGUUUUUCUAAAAUAUAUCUAUUUUUAAAACCAAUAUUUGCCUUGAGCCUUUGUUCACUCCAUCGAUUGAGAAGUCUUGUGCUUGAGAUGGAGAAUUCAUCUCACAUUCAUCUCACAUCCAUUGUUUCACACCAACAACACCAUCAUUUGUUAGACAUCACAGAGAAAAGGUUUCAGGACAAGAAAGCUGAAAAAAAACCUGGCUGACCAAAACGCCAAACAUGACGCAAACUAAUAGAUUUAAAGGGUUCCAACACAGACAACUAUGUUAUCCAAUAUAUUGAAUUUACCUUAUUCAUGUCCCUACAGGCUUCGCUGGACAAUGAUAGUCUGACUGGGAAUUGUACAUUGGAAUAAUAAUUCCAAACUUAAACUAAAAUUAUACCUCUAAUAGAUAGAUAAAAAACUAUCUUUACAAAGAAUAUGUGAAACUAUGUGAAAUACAUGUGUGCCCCAUAUAAAGUUGGAUGUGUACCCUGGACCAUGGGUUAUGAUAGGAAAAUUAUAUUUUGAAGAAUACAUUUUUAAUGAUAUCUGCAUUAUGUGUGCAUUACACGUGUACAGCUAAAUGCUGCUUGUCACGUCAUUGGUUGCACAGAAAAUAAACAUCCAAUCAGUAACCUCCCACCGCACGGGAGAGAGAGGGAUGUGCAUCAUGAAGGAGGCUACUUAAUAACCCUCAAUUAUUAUAUUCAAACUUUACCGCGUGAAAGAGCGGCUUACAAACCACCGACUUGGCCAUCCUGGUGCAAUAUGGGAUGUCUAGACACCAACCAAAUAGCUAACAAAGACUGUUGAAGUUAAACUAUAACUGCUGUUUGAAUCACUGUGCAUCUAUACUCCCCGCGGUCAAGCCUUAGCAGACGUCGUGACAUAACUUAUCUGCGGCGUAGUUUGUUUGUUUAUCUUUUCAAACAAAGAAUAUGUCUGAACUGUGAGAAAGAUUGCGUCCAAUGUAGUCCUGUUUUGCCUUUGACAGACACAUGGCGUGCAUUCCUUGAAAGGAAAUAAAAAUGAUAACAACAAUAAUCCACUCACUUUUUUAGACAGUAGUACGUUUAUCGAUACUGGAAGUCUGGAACGACAACGAAGGACUUCGGUGUUGUACUUGGGUGUUUCUCAGAGAUGUAAUGUGGCUCUAUUUCAGUGUUAAAGUCCCAUGUUUGAGUUUGGAUUGAAAAUCACAAUGUUAUGUUAGAUGAUGCCCCUCCAAGUUAGUAGGUGGGUUAGCAUUAUUGAAGACACUAUCGGUCCGCUCUGACUAAAGAUAUAUCCCAGUUAUGGUAAGCUACGAGCUAGCUGAAAUGUACACAUCAUUGCGACUUUAAUACGAAAAACAAACAAAAAACGCAUAAUGUCUGGUUAGGUCAAGGUAGAUUGCACCUCCCCCCAAAAGAGCCCAUUUUCCCUUCAGUAUGUAUAUGCAACAGUUACACCUUCACCUGUUCCCAGUGCCAAUGACCAAGACUUUUAUUUUGAAGCUUCCCAGUAGCUGUGAUCGGGGAUGUUGUAUUCUGUAUUGCUUGCCAUAUAGUGUGUUGUACGAUUGGAUUGAUUUGUAUUUCUAUGCAUUUAAGUUGAUGUUAUAUAUGAAGCCUUUUGCUCUGCUUACGUUAAAACGUUAGCCACUAAAUGGGAUUUUUUAACUUGUAAAGCAAAGGGGGGGGAAACCAGUCGUCUGUCCGCUAUAACUAUUUUCUCUUGUGUUUUAUAAAUGGAGAACGUCACAAGAGAUGUGCAUCCAUUCAUUCAAGGGCAAAAACAUACCAAACUAAUCAACCCAUCUAAAAUGUCUUCAAAUUCCAAGACAUCUAAGACGCUUUUAAAUUCAAUUAAGUAGGCCUAUCACAAUUCAUUCAAUUUUCAAUUUCUUGGCAGCGACAAAUUAGCUAACUAUUUCUUUUCUAAACAUUGUUACAAGUAUGAUUUUACAGUCAACUGUUUCUGAUUAUGUUAAGGGCAUGUAUUUAUGACAUUUCAUGUACAUACUCCAGAAAUCUGAUGAAUUAUUAGUUCAGAAUAUGCCUAUCAAGGGCAGACAGAGUACUGCCCAACUAUACUGCGUCUGCUGAAUAAAAAACUCUCCAACUGCAA